AACGCUUCCCGUCGCUCUUUCUGCGGGCCGAACAUGACUCCACGGCCGUCAAACCUCACCGGAGCUGAGAUUUACAGCCUUAGCACAACUCCUAGAGGCUCCAAUUUCAACCACUCUGAUUUUUACUCGAUGAUGGGUUUCCCCGGUGGCCGUCUCUCCAAUUUUGGUCCGGCAGAUAUGUACUCUGUACAGUCUUCAAGAGGUCCCACUCCUCGACCUUCGAACUUCGAGGAGAACUGCGCCAUGGCGUCCUCCCCGAGAUUCGGGUAUUACCCAGGAGGCGGGGGAGGAGGAGGAGCCGGGUCUUAUCCGGCUCCGAAUCCAGAAUUCUCCUCAACUACCACAUCUACCGCCAAUAAAGGCGUUAAUAAAAACCCAAAAGAGGUCAAUACGAAUCAGCAGACUACUCUACCAACCAGCGGCAAGUCAAACAGCCAUGACGCCAAGGAGCUUCACAUGUUCGUAUGGAGCUCCAACGGUUCACCCGUUUCAGACCGGGCGGGUCUCAACGUUUUCGGUGGAGCGCCAGACAAUGAACAAGGUGGAAGAUCUGAUCAAGGUGCUAAAGAGAUUCGUAUGUUAGUACCUGAUCAAUCUCACAGCCGAGAGAGCAAAGCUCUAGCUCAUCCAGGGAGUGGAGAUUUCGGAGGAGAACAACAAUUUAGUUUCGCUGAAAAAGAAGGAGAAAGAGCAAAAGACGCCGAGAAUGGACUCAACAAACUCGCUCCAAAUUCCUCGGCGGAGCUACAAUCAAAGACAGGUCUAGGAGCAGCCGCCGGAGGAGGAGAAAGUCAACGGAAAAACAUGCCGCCGGCUAGUGUGAUGACAAGGCUGAUAUUGAUAAUGGUGUGGAGGAAACUCAUCAGAAACCCAAAUACUUACUCUAGUCUCAUCGGCCUUAUUUGGGCUCUCGUCGCUUUCCGGUGGCACGUGGAAAUGCCAAAAAUCAUACAGCAAUCUAUCUCCAUUUUAUCUGAUGCUGGUCUUGGAAUGGCAAUGUUCAGUUUGGGGUUGUUCAUGGCGUUGCAACCCAAAUUAAUUGCUUGUGGGAACUCCGUGGCAACAUUUGCGAUGGCGGUUAGGUUUCUCACGGGCCCUGCUGUGAUGGCGGUUGCUGCCAUAGCCAUCGGAUUGCGUGGUGAUUUAUUGCGUGUUGCUAUAGUUCAGGCCGCAUUACCUCAAGGAAUUGUGCCGUUUGUGUUUGCUAAGGAGUACAAUGUUCAUCCUGCUAUUUUAAGUACAGGGGUAAUAUUCGGAAUGCUUAUAGCGCUUCCGAUCACACUGGUUUACUACAUUUUACUCGGGUUAUAAGCUUUCAAUUACGAAAACCGCGAGAAAGGAUCGAUUGUAGAGGGAGAAGGGGAAAAGAGAUUGUCUCAUGGAACAAACUAAAAGCUUAGAGUAUAUAAGUAAAACUAGGGAGUAGCAUGAUUUAAGGAAUGAUGAUGCCUACAUUACAAGCCAAGAAACACUUUCUUCUCCCAUAUUUUACAGAUAGAAUAUUGGGAGAUAAUUUGAGUGAGACAAUGGGACGCUGAUAAGGAGGAGCAAAACAUGGGGCAACGAGACAGAAAAAAAAAAGAUAAAUAAAAGAUUGGAGGAAGUAGACAACUUCUUAUUUUUUGUAACUUUUAUAUUUUUUACACCAGUCAUUAUUGUUUUUAAUGUGUUCUUUGAUUAGGUUUGGGGUAACUACUAGUUGAUUACUGUGUAGAUUUUGUUUUAGCCAAGAAAAAGUGUGGUUUUUUAUUUUGAAUCUCCCCUUGUUCCAAA